AGAGAAGGAGGGUGGGGAGGAGAGAUUCUGAGACAGAGAAAGGAAGAAAGAAAAGAAGAGGGAAUGGAAAGAGAGAGGGAGAGGAAAUGAGAGAGGAAGGAGGGAGGACUGCUUUAUAGCUGCUAAGAUUGCAGACAGAAAUAGCACACAAUCACCGUGAGCCGUAUGCGCCUCAGGAACCAAGACCAAAUUGUAUUCACUUUUAUUAAUCAGUUGCUCAGAAAGAAGGAAAUGACAUCUGGUGCUGUCUUCUUCUACAUCUUAAUUUUUGGAGAAUAUUUUGCUCACGGGAGUGGGCAGGAUGUCAAGUGCUCCCUCGGCUACUUCCCCUGUGGGAACAUGACCAAGUGCUUGCCUCAGUUUCUUCACUGUAACGGUGUGGACGACUGUGGGAACCGGGCGGAUGAGGACAACUGCGGAGACAACAGUGGAUGGUCUUUGCAAUUUGACAAAUAUUUUUCCACUUACUACAAAAUGACUUUACCAUAUUCCUCUGAGGCAGUAACAUCUGAAUGCCUGCUUGGUUCAAUUCCUGUGCAAUGUCUUUGCCGAGGUUUAGAGCUUAACUGUGAUGAGACGAAUUUACGAGAUGUUCCAUCAGUUUCUUCAAAUGUGACUAUAAUGUCACUUCAGUGGAACUUAAUUAGAAAGCUUCCUCCUGACGGCUUCGAGAAGUACCCUGACCUUCAGAAGCUGUGCCUGCAAAACAAUAAGAUUAGAUCCAUACCCAUCUAUGCUUUCAGAGGACUGUACAGUCUUACUAAACUGUAUCUCAGUCAUAACAGAAUAACCUUCUUGAAGCCGGGUGUUUUUGAAGAUCUCCACAGACUAGAAUGGCUGAUAAUUGAAGAUAAUCACCUCAGUCGAAUUUCUCCACUAACAUUUUAUGGACUGAAUUCUCUUAUUCUCUUAGCGCUGAUGAAUAAUGUCCUCACCCAUUUGCCAGAUAAACCUCUUUGUCAGCACAUGCCAAGACUGCAUUGGCUGGACUUUGAAGGCAACCGUAUUCACAAUUUAAGAAAUUUGACUUUUAUUUCCUGCAGUAAUUUAACUGUUUUGGUAAUGAGGAAAAACAAAAUUAAUCACAUAAAUGAAAAUACUUUUGCACCUCUCCAGAAACUAGAUGAAUUGGAUUUAGGCGGUAAUAAGAUUGAAAAUCUUUCACCACAUGUAUUUAAGGAUCUGCAGAAGCUCUCACAAUUGAAUCUUUCCUAUAAUCCAAUCCAGAAAAUUCAAACAAACCAAUUUGAUUAUCUUGUCAAACUCAAGUCUCUCAGCCUAGAAGGAAUUGAAAUUUCAAAUAUCCAACAAAGGAUGUUUAGACCUCUUAUGAAUCUCUCUCACAUAUAUUUUAAGAAAUUCCAGUAUUGUGGAUAUGCACCACAUGUUCGCAGCUGUAAACCAAACACUGAUGGAAUCUCAUCCCUAGAGAAUCUCUUGGCGAGCAUUAUUCAGAGAAUAUUCGUCUGGGUUGUAUCUGCAGUUACAUGCUUCGGAAACAUCUUUGUCAUUUGUAUGAGACCUUAUAUCAGGUCUGAGAACAAGCUUCACGCCUUGUCAAUCAUUUCUCUCUGCUGUGCCGACUGCCUAAUGGGAAUAUAUUUAUUUGUGAUUGGAGCCUUUGACCUAAAGUUUCGUGGAGAAUACAAUAAGUAUGCACAGCUGUGGAUGGAGAGUAUUCAUUGUCAGCUUGUGGGAUCUUUGGCCAUUCUGUCCACAGAAGUAUCAGUAUUACUUUUAACGUUUCUGACACUGGAAAAAUAUAUCUGCGUUGUGUAUCCUUUUAGAUGUUUAAGACCUGGAAAAUGCAGAACAAUUACAGUUCUGAUUCUCAUUUGGAUUAUUGGGUUUAUAGUGGCUUUCAUUCCAUUGAGCAAUAAGGAAUUUUUCAAAAACUACUAUGGCACCAACGGAGUAUGUUUCCCUCUUCAUUCAGAAGAUACAGAAAGUACUGGAGCCCAGAUUUAUUCAGUGGCAAUUUUUCUUGGUGUUAACUUGGCGGCAUUUAUCAUCAUAGUUUUUUCCUAUGGAAGCAUGUUUUACAGCGUUCAUCAAAGUGCCAUAACAGCAACUGAAAUACGGAAUCAAGUUAAAAAAGAGAUGAUCCUUGCCAAACGGUUUUUCUUUAUUGUAUUUACCGACGCAUUAUGCUGGAUACCCAUUUUUAUACUGAAAUUUCUUUCAUUGCUUCAGGUAGAAAUACCAGGUACCAUAACCUCUUGGGUAGUGAUUUUUAUUCUGCCUAUCAACAGUGCUUUAAACCCAAUUCUCUAUACUCUGACUACAAGACCAUUCAAAGAAAUGAUCCAUCAGUUUUGGUAUAACUGCAGACAAAGAAGAUCUAUUGACAGCAAAGAAAGUCAGAAAACAUAUGCUCCAUCGUUCAUCUGGGUGGAAAUGUGGCCGCUGCAGGAGACGCCAUCUGACUUAAUGAAGCCAGCUCUUUUCACAGACCCCUGUGAAUUGUCACUAAUUUCUAAAUCAACAAGACUCAAUUCCUAUUCAUAACUGACUCUGAAACCCAUUUCUACAGAGAAUACUGUGGGAUGCUUCAGGAUGGAUUAGUAUAAUAUAAAUUCCACAAAAUUAAUAAUUUAUAAUAAUGGCUAAAAUAAAUUAGCUUACAAGGACAUGAGGUUAUUUGGGAAAAAUCAAAGUGACUGAUGCUCGUAUAAAAGAAAUAAAUUAUAUUGAGUAUAUGUAUAUACUAGUACAUAUUUUGCAUAGGAAAUUAAGAGAAAUCUACUUCAGAAAGAUUCAUUCAUUCUCUUACCAUGCAUUUAUUGAGUACCCACUAUGUGCAUGGCACUGCGGUAAAUUCCUGGAAGUAGACAGCAUAGACCUUUUCAAUUUGCAAUGUUAAAUUGUGUUUAACUACAACAAAAUAUACAAAGUCCAUCUGCAGCUCCGAGUUUAAGGUACAGCUUUGUUUGUCACACACACCAGCAAACAUAAGAAUCAUUGGCACUUUUAAAUAAAGGUUUAAGGUUUUGGAAUACUCAAUAUAAUGGCAUCAGAGAAAAUGUCUGAUUGUUUACAAAAUACAGAUAUUCUGUUUUCAGAAUUCAUCUUGCCUCUUUUCAAGUCUCCGUACACUUGAGAGCCAAUACAACAGUUUAUUCCCGUGAAAAAAGAUGCUCUGACAUAAACUCAAAACAGCACUUCUCUGUCACUUCCUGCCCAGUUGUCUUGUUGCUUUCAAUGAGCACCAUCAUAUAGGACUGGAAAAGGAG